AGUCCGUUGCCUUUAUAUACGGGUCUCUCUCUCUUAUUCUUGAAUGCAACAGACAAAAAACACCUCUCGUUCCCUCUUUUCCGAUUGCAUGCAUUUAUUACAUUUGACUUCUUGAACUUUCCCACUAGUUUCCACCUUCAAAAUAUAAAAAGGUUGCAGAAUAGAAGUCGAUCUGUCCGUCCGUUCGAAGCUCUCUGGAGAGAAGAAGCAAGAAGCAGAAGCAGCAGCAGAGGAGGCACUAUUUCCGCUGAUACUCUGACCCUCCAGGACUGUCCAGCUGCAGGGGCACUACUCAUGGCGAAGGAACAGUUGCAAGUCCUGAGCGCUCUCGAUGUGGCCAAGACACAGUGGUACCAUUUCACGGCGAUUGUGAUCGCCGGCAUGGGAUUCUUCACCGAUGCGUACGACCUCUUCUGCAUCUCCCUCGUCACCAAGCUGCUCGGCCGCAUCUACUACACCAGGCCGGGCUCGGCCACCCCGGGAAGUCUCCCCUCGAACGUGUCCGCCGCGGCCAAUGGCGUCGCCUUCUGCGGCACCCUCACCGGCCAGCUCUUCUUCGGGUGGCUCGGCGACAAGAUGGGCCGGAAGCGAGUCUAUGGCAUGACCCUCAUGAUCAUGGUCCUAUGCUCCGUCGCCUCGGGGCUCUCCUUCGGCCACGACCCGAGAGCGGUCGUGGCCACUCUGUGCUUCUUCAGGUUCUGGCUCGGGUUUGGCAUCGGCGGGGACUACCCUCUCUCGGCCACGAUCAUGUCCGAGUACGCCAACAAGAAGACUCGGGGUGCAUUCAUCGCUGCGGUCUUCGCGAUGCAGGGUUUUGGGAUUCUGGCGGGCGGAAUGGUCGCUAUCAUAAUCUCGGCGGCUUUCAAUGCGAAAUACCCUGCUCCGGCCUACCAAGAUGACCCGGCACACUCCGCCGUGCCUGAGGCGGACUAUGUGUGGCGGAUCAUCCUGAUGUUCGGUGCCCUUCCUGCUCUGCUCACUUACUACUGGCGCAUGAAGAUGCCCGAGACAGCCCGCUACACGGCCCUGGUCGCCAAGAACGCCAAGAAGGCUGCGGCCGACAUGUCCAAAGUUCUCCAGGUCGACCUCGAGGCGGAGCAAGAGAAGAUGGAGCGCCUGGCCCGGGAGCAGAAGAGCGAGUUCGGCCUCUUCUCAAGGCAGUUCCUCCGCCGCCACGGCCUCCACUUGCUUGGGACGACGAGCACGUGGUUCUUGCUUGACAUCGCCUUCUACAGCCAAAACCUAUUCCAAAAGGACAUCUUCACCGCCAUCGGGUGGAUCCCCAAGGCGAAGACCAUGAACGCGGUUGAGGAAGUAUAUCAUAUCGGCCGGGCGCAGACCUUGAUUGCCCUGUGCAGCACGGUCCCCGGAUACUGGUGCACCGUGGCGUUGAUCGACCGGAUGGGUAGGUUCGCAAUCCAGCUGAUGGGCUUCUUCUUUAUGACAGUGUUCAUGUUCGCCCUCGCGAUCCCAUACCACCACUGGACGCUGCCCAACAACCGCAUCGGGUUCGUGGUCAUGUACUCGCUCACCUUCUUCUUCGCCAACUUUGGGCCCAACGCGACCACUUUCGUGGUUCCUGCAGAGAUAUUCCCAGCGAGGCUUCGGUCGACAUGCCAUGGGCUAUCGGCGGCUGCUGGGAAGGCGGGGGCGAUGGUGGGGGCUUUCGGGUUCUUGUACGCGGCGAACGGGAUCGGUGUGAGGAAGACACUGAUCAUACUAGGGGUGAUCAACUUUUUGGGCAUGGCGUUCACGUUGCUAGUGCCCGAGUCCAAGGGUCGUUCGCUCGAGGAAAUGUCUGGCGAGAAUGAAGAAGAAAAUGAACCCGAGUUGAGGCAUCGAGAUGGUGAAUAAAAUUAGAAUGGAGCUUGGGUUAAACUAAAUAAUUAGGUCUCUAAUUUGAUAGAAGCUAAGAAAUUAUGUACUUAAUGAAGGAACUUGCAUGAUAGUCAAUGUGGUUUUAUGAGCUUAUGAUCAGGAAGUAACAUAUAAUGUAUAUUUUUGGUAAGUUAUAUGUGCUCCUUUAAAA